GAUUCCAAUACACCAGACAACUUUAAGGACACUAGGGAACAGCAGUCUUAUCCGAAGAGUUAAGACCUCCAAAGACAGAGCAUCAGAAUGCUUCAAUUAACAGGGGAAAAUGAGAAGAAUCUCGAAGUUUCGGGAAGCGGCAGAAGGCUCGGAGUGUGGAAAGAGGUUUCUUUUGGGGAUUACAUUUGUCACACGUUUCAGGGAGAUUGCUGGGCCGAUCGGUCUCCACUUCAUGAAGCGGCAGCUCAGGGGCGCCUACUGGCCCUGAAAACUUUAAUUGCACAGGGCGUCAACGUGAACCUGGUAACAAUUAACCGGGUCUCUUCUCUCCAUGAGGCGUGCCUGGGAGGCCACGUGGCCUGCGCUAAGGCCCUAUUGGAGAACGGCGCCCACGUCAACGGGGUGACAGUUCACGGAGCCACGCCCCUCUUCAAUGCUUGCUGCAGUGGCAGCGCUGCGUGCGUCAACGUGCUGCUGGAGUUCGGAGCCAAGGCCCAGCUUGAGGUGCACCUGGCUUCACCCAUCCACGAGGCAGUGAAGAGAGGUAAUAGAGAGUGCAUGGAGAUUCUGCUGGCAAAUAACGUUAACAUUGACCAGGAAGUGCCUCACCUUGGAACUCCCCUGUAUGUGGCUUGCACCUAUCAGAGGCUAGACUGUGUGAAGAAGCUUCUAGAAUUAGGAGCCAAUGUUGACCACGGCCAGUGGCUGGACACCCCCCUCCAUGCCGCUGCGAAGCAGAACAGUGUGGAAAUCAUCCACCUGCUGAUAGACUACGGGGCUAGCCUCAAGUGCAAAAACGCUCAGGGCAAGAGUGCACUUGAUCUGGCAGCUCCGAAAAGCGGCGUGCAGCAGGCGCUUCUGCUCCGGGAAGGCCCGCCUGCUCUUUCCCAGCUCUGCCGCCUGUGUGUCCGGAAGUGCUUGGGUCGCACCUGUCAUCAGACCAUCCACAAACUGUAUCUGCCGGAGCCACUGGAAAAAUUCCUCCUAUACCAGUAGUCCCAACUGUCCACGGGAAGAUACUUGGAAAUAAACAGGUUGUUGCCUGCUGUACCCAGGGUACCUAGUAUAGACACCCAACAGCUAGACUCCCUAGUGUAACACCCAACAGCUAGACUCUCAAAUGAGCUAAGCUAGUUAGAGCACAUCCCUGAUGGACUGACACACGUGGGGAAUGAAAACUCCUGGUUAGUUUAAUGUUCUCUUUAACCAAGGGGCAAUCAGAAACUUCUCUGUUUUUAGCUCUUGCUGUUAAGAAACUUUAAAAAACUGUGAAGUAGGGUGAAAUUAAUAGGCUGUUUUUCAAGAUUCAUGAUCUUUGAUUAAGGAUCACCAUUCUGAAUAGCGUGUAGACACAUAUAAAUCUGGGUGGGUAAGAUUAGGAUGAAUAUGAGUAUUCGAAGAUGGGUUCCUGAUUUAGUUCUUCCCUUCUUCCCCCUUUCUUUCUUUCCUUCCAUGAAUAAAUCUCUGCUAAAAUUUUA